GCAUUUUGAGGAACGCUUUAUUUCCAUCUCCCCCCUUCUCUUCUUCAUUUUGAACUAGGGGAUGUUAUCGGGAUAAUUGAAAUACCCAGUUUUCAACAAGAUAAAUACUGGGCUCUCUUUGUUUUUUUCCUCCAUCGCCUUGUUCUUUCUUAACGACGACGACGACCAACGACAAACAACUGACCAACAAGAACACACACAAGUUUUUGUUUUGUGAUCUGGCCGUUUCCUUUCCUUCCUCAUAGCCUUUUGAAGGGGAUUAGUCAAACCCCAUUUUCUCUUUGCCUUACACACGGAAAGACUCGGCCACGCGGCAAGAAAGAGAUUUGUCAGGCAGCCUCUCUCAAGUUUCACCAACAAGAACACUCUUUUGAGACCGGAUAUCCGAAAGUGUUCAAACUUCCUCAUUUUCGAUCAGUCGACAGAUUGGUUUUACCGCUAAGCCCACACAAGAAGAAUUACAACAAAACGCGCAAAUCUUUUCAACACAAACCCGUUCAACACAGUAGUUGUAGACGUUGAGAUCAAAUAGGAAGGUCAUAUGCACUGAAGCAGGUAAGAGCUACACCCAUUUUGCAGUGUGAUGCUGUGUUGGGAAAGAGAGAGAAGGGCCGAGUAGCCCCAAAAAAAGCUCUGCCAAUUUUACUCCUUUUUUUCUCUUGUGGAAAAUCAUGACGCUGUGACUCAUGUCCAGAAGUUUGAGAGAGAGAGAGAGAGAGAGAGAGAAAGAGAGAUUUUUAAUCCGCCGUUAGUCAAUUGCGCCGUGGGAAAAAAAGCACUUGAGCAACUUGCCAGCUUCUUGCCGUUGGCAACCUUUUUUUCUUUUUAUUUGCGUUCGGGAGGAAGGUUAUUCCACUUUCACCUUUGUAAAUAUACUCACUCUCUUCUCCCCCUCCCUUCCUUCCUCCUUCAAGACUCCCUGACGAACGCAACAAAAAACACAUUUACUACUAGUGUGGUAUCGGACGAUCCCCUUGUUCUUUGGACGAAACAGCGAGAUAACACACACACCGCAUCGUUUCCGCGUGACGUCCUGCGCACCUCACUUGCUUUUUGACAUCGCCAUCCGCAAAACGACGACGGACAAAAGCAAAUCGAAAACGCCACCAAACCUUUAACGUCUACAAGGAAGGAUCACGCUCUUCCCUCACACCCGCUUACGCGACCACUCAUUUUCAAACCCGCAAUCACCAUUCCGCUCUACAGACCACCGCACUCAUAGCAAGCACAUGGCCGCCUCAACAUCAUUACGGCGACUGUGCUUUUGUCAACCGCGCGGCUGCUUCCACUCGGCAAACGGAGUUUGCUCGCCCCUCUGCAGCUUUGUCAAAACCGCACUAUUGGCCGUCCUACCAAUAGGGAUAUGGCUUCUCUUGUUCACAUGCGCGCAAUUCAUUCCGUCAUCAUGGCGCCCAGGCAUCUCCGUCGACGUCCUUCCCGCCUUGGAUGAACUCUUGUUUGACAACUCCCUCGGACUCUUAUCCUUUUCUGCUGUCCUCGUUGCUGGGGGUUGGUUGGUCACUGGCUCGCAAUUUUCCACCUUUCUCCUCUUUGUUCCUCUCGUAUUACGUGCACUAAGAGACUUGGCGGCAACACCUUCCACAGUCGCCGACGUGCUCGCCUUUUUACCCUACGGUCUCUUGCACUACAUAUCCCCUGCUGUGUUUGCCAUCUGGCUGUGGUGGCACGCAGGUGUAAAGACGGCCAUUGUGUUUGCUCAGGCAUUUGGUGUACAAAACAGUCUCGGCGUCAUUACCCAACUCUUAUUUCCAACUGCCGCUCCAUGGUACAAUGAUCUCUAUGGUUUCGCGCCUGCGACAUAUUCCAUGCCUGGGAACCCUGGUGGUCUCGCCCGUGUGGACAAGCUUUUCGGCACCCACAUGUACGAAUCUGCGUUCAACAACUCUCCGCUCGUCUUUGGCGCAAUGCCAUCACUACACAGCGGCUUCGCCGUCUUGAUUAUGCUCUUUGCCAUACAUUUUUCCCGCCGCCUCGGAGGCGUGCUCGUAAUAUACAUGUGCUGGCAAUGGUGGGCGACAAUGUAUCUACGACAUCACUACAUGGUCGAUCUAUUCGUCGGUGCACUGUACUCUACUGCAACAUAUUUCCUCGCAAGACGAUAUCUGGUUCGGGCAUCUGCGGGAAUGGGGUUGGUUAGCCUUGCAAAUGACUACAAACUACUGGAUGUGGUGGUGAUGGGGGAUAUGAUGGAGGCGAAGGGUAAUGUCGGAUCGGAUGGGUCGUGGACAGAAACAAUAUUAAAGAGUCGGAGAGCGGGGGAGAGGGAUUCAUUGGUACAAAGUACAGUCCCUCUGGAGGGUGUACUAAUUGAUGGGAGAGGGGAGCUAUAGCAUUGGUGAUGAUUUUCUUUUACUUGUCUUUUUUUUUAAUGUUCACUACUGGAGCUUUUUUCUCUUUCAUAUUUUUCUGUCUGGCCGAGUUACCGUCGAAAUGCUUUUGUCGGUAGAGGGUUGGAUGAUGGGAUAUGGAGAUGGUGUCUAAUACUUCUGUGCGGGUUUGGAGUUAUCAACCGUUAUUUUGUACAAUGGUUUUUCGUUUUUCUUUAUUAUAAUAAGACUCUAGGUUGGAGGAACCAUGCGGACCCCCCUCGGCACUCGC